AUCUGGAUGGUGUUCGUGUGAUUUGACCUCGAACUUCUUUUUUCGCGAAUCAGCUGAUUGUUUACCAACAAAAUUUACCUAGAGCUGUCAAAAUCAGCGGUACCGUACCGGCACUUUUCGCGAACGUGGAAUUUUGUUUUAUUUAUCGCAGCCGCAGGUACUUUCUUCUGCCUGCUGACGGGAUGACGUCGGCGGUUCGGUGGAGUGCUUUUGACGAAGAAUUUCGGAUUAUUUUGUGAGUUUUUUUUUCCGGUCUGGUGCGGAAGUGUGUGGGAAUCGUGACGAUGCUUGCUGUUCGUCUGGUGCUUGGAAAACGUCGGCCUGCUUUUUCGGUGGGUCUGUUUAGAGGUGUUGCUUCAAAGGCGACGCCGCGAAAAUGGACGGCGGGAAAGGUGCUGCUGGGAACGACCGGAAGUAUGCUGAUGGGUGCCAUAGGAUACGACGGGGCGGUGAACGAGUUCGAGACGGUGGCCGGGGUGCAGAGAUUUGUUCGAUCGCUAGCGAUUGGGAUCAGUAUUUCGGUGGAUUACACCUGGAGCCUGUGGGGGUUGGACGAGAACGGUCCGAACUACGAGAGGAUCAUAUCCCAGGUACAUCAACGGGCGGCGGACAGGAUUCUGAAUGGUUGUCUAACCAAUGGAGGAUUGUACAUCAAGAUAGGCCAGGGUGUGGCCGCCAUGAAUCACAUCAUCCCCAAGGAGUAUAUAUCGACCCUGAAGAAGCUAGAGGAUAAGUGCCUGCCUCGGAAACCCGGAGAAGUGAGAAAACUUUUUGAACAAGACUUCGGGAAGCCACCGGAGGAGGUGUUCGAAACCUUUGACUACACACCAAUUGCUGCCGCCAGUUUGGCACAGGUGUUCCGGGGAACCACCAAAGAAGGCCAACAGGUGGCCAUAAAGGUUCAGUAUGCGGAUUUGAAGAAACGGUUCAAUGCCGAUCUGAGGACGAUUCUGUUUCUGCAAGACUUGAUGGCACUGAUCCACAAGAGCUACAAUUUCGGAUGGAUCAUUCGGGACCUGAGGGGCACGCUCCGUGAGGAGCUGGACUUUAUCCACGAAGGACGCAAUUCGGAACGCUGUGCUGAAGAUCUGCGGAAGCAUGACUCCAUCUAUGUCCCGAAAGUGCUUUGGGAUUACACCAAUGAGCGAGUCCUAACGGCGGAAUUCAUCGACGGUUGCAAAAUCAACGACACCGAACGGCUCAAACACCUAAAGAUAAACCUCGCCAAGCUGGACGUCGCCCUGUUCCGAGCAUUCGCCGACCAAAUCUUCCGAACCGGCUUCGUCCACGCCGAUCCCCAUCCAGGAAACGUGUUCGUGCGGAAAGACCCAUCCUCAGGAAGACCCCAGCUGGUCCUGCUGGAUCACGGUCUCUACGGGAACCUCACGCCCGAAGUCCGGGCCAACCUGUGCCGCUUCUGGGAAGCCAUCGUCCUCAAGGACCACAAGGAAAUGGCCCGGUUCGCCACGGCCCUGAACGUCCAGGACUAUCGCACGUUUGCGGAAAUUCUACUGCAACGCCCACUGGAAUUGAAAAGUUCCAAACUGAGGACGCGGCUCUCCGAGGAAGACCUGGCCUACAUGGCCCAACAGGCCAAGGAGCACUUCGACAAGGUGAUGCAAACCCUACGCAGUAUGCCACGGAAUUUGAUUUUCGUGCUGCGCAACUUGAACACGAUCCGGGCGAUCGCGCGGGAACACGGCGAUCCGGUGGAUCGACCCAAGGUGAUGGCACGGUGUGCGCUGGCCGCCCUGAGGCAGAGCAGUGUGGGUUUGAGGGGCUUUUUCCGGUCAGUGUUUCGAAGGAUAAACUUUGAGUAUCAGUUGUGGAAAUCUUCGUUCCAAUUCUGGCUAGUGAGUUCGUAUUUGAAGCUGUUAACUCGUCUUGGGCGAUCACCCGAUACGUCGUAUCUUUUGGAUGUGCAGGUGGAUGUGUAGAUUACACACGAGAUUGAGGAGAAAUCCAUUUUUAUACAAUUGAUUAAAGUUAUUGCAAAUAUACUUAUUUUGAGCACACGA